GAGGUCACAGUGAUCUCACUUUUGCAACAUAUGAGAAAAUGCAGUCAUAGUUGAUGCAUUUUCCACUAUAAUGGUGGUACAGGGUUGAACAGAAUCGCCAUUAUAGCCUCUCGCUGUUUUAAAACAGAAGGUAAAGUCUCUCCUUGUGAAUGGCAUCAAAGCAGUCAAAGUGAGGCGGAGGGUCGGCCUUGUCUGGAGGUUUCUGCUCCUCCAGCUCAGGGAGCGUGAUGUCAGCGGUGGCAGUGCUGGUGUAAUUGACUUGGUGGGGGUGAUGGCGUCAUUUCAUGCCCUGGUGUAGCCUCCUGCUCCAAUAGCGAAGGGGAGACGGAUCUUUAGCCGACGCGACCGUGGCUCCCUUGGCCGGGAUCGAGCACCGCCGAGCCGGACACUUGACGCCGGGAAACAUGGAGGCUGUGGCCGAGGAGCUGCGGGCCGGCUCUCGGGUACCUGUCACUAUCGAUCAAAUAGUUAACGAUACACUGGUGGUGACGCUGACCUACCGAGAAAGGAACUAUACGGGGAUAUUACUGGACUGCAACAAAAAGACUGGGCUAUUCUGUCUACCAGAGUUCACAGCAAAACUUGAGGACUGCCCAAUACCUACACCAGCUUGUGAAGUCCCAGAAGUUCUGAGUGAGGAGCCGGUUUCCAAAUCUCCCAGCCAGGCUUCGCAAAGACCAAAGGAUGAAAACACUCUCCCAGAAAGCAGUAUACCUGCUGCACCUCCUUCCUGCCCUAUACCCACACCAGUACCAGCUGGACAGACUCCUUACCCUCCUUAUUUUGAAGGAGCCCCCUUCCCUCAGCCCUUAUGGGUGCGCCACAGCUACAGCCAAUGGGUACCUCAGCCCCCUCCGCGACCAAUCAAGAGAAAGAAGAGGCGGUCGCGAGAGCCAGGCCGCAUGACCAUGAGUACUAUCCGUUUGCGGCCGCGGCAGGUACUGUGUGAAAAGUGCAAGAACACACUGAAUAGUGACGAGGACAGCAAAGACGGCAUAAGCAACACUAAGAAUUCUAGAAAAGAGAACGCACUACAGAGCGACGACGAGGCCGAUGACAAGGACACUCCGUCGAAGCUGUCGAGAAAAGAGGAUGUAGUCGCGUCCAAGGACACUAAGAGACGUGAAAACGGCACGAGCCUUGACAGCAAGCGCCUCAGGAAGGACAAAAGGGGGGAAUCUGAAGGGGAGAAGUUCCCCGGAGGUGACGUUAUCCCCCACAGUCCUGUCAUAAAGAUCUCCUACAGCACUCCACAGGGCAAGGGGGAAGUCAUGAAGAUCCCCGCUAGGGUCCACGGUUCAGUCAAACCAUUCUGCCCCAAACAGCUGGUGCAGAACGGUGUGGGAGAAAAUGGCAAGACGCCUUCUGACCCCACGAAGGAGCAACGGCACAUUUUAGAUGCCACAAGGUCCGGCCUCACCGUGUCCAUUCCCAAACUCAAACUAACCAGGCCUUUUACGACCGUGGGUCAGGACUUGCCUUCUCCAAAGAUCCACUUGAGACCCCCUCAGAGGGAGAGCGAGGAGGGCGUGGUCGAGUACGAGGCGGAGUUCGUAGGGGGCACCAGGAGACGGAGCCCCAGGGUGCCCGGUCCCUGCCUCCCCCACUCUGAAGACUCGGGGGAAGGUAAAAACUCUUUGGAGUUGUGGUCGGGGAGUUCGGGAGAGGAGGCGGAUCGCGGCCACAGCGACCUCACGCUGCUUAUCAAUUUCCGUAAGCGUAAAGCGGAUUCUUCCAGCCUGUCGGUCUGCAGCAGCGACAGUCUGGACGAGUCCAAGUCCUUCAGCUCCGACGGCACCUCGCCAGAGCUGUGCGACCUGGCUCCGGGUGAAGACCUGUCCGUCACCUCGUCGUCCGUACCCUCGCGGGAAGACUGCAAGACGGUGCCGCCGCUUACGGUGCGGCUGCACACCCGUAGCAUGACCAAGUGCGUAACGGAGGAGGGUCACGCCGUGGCGGUGGGCGACAUCGUCUGGGGGAAGAUCCACGGCUUCCCCUGGUGGCCGGCGCGCGUCCUCAGCAUCAGCGGCACUCGGAAACAGGAGACGGCCAGUUGCGAGGCCCAGUGGCCCCAGGCCAAGGUGGCGUGGUUCGGUUCGCCCACCACCUCCCAGCUCUCCGUUGCCAAACUGUCGCCCUUCAGGGAGCUCUUCAGGUCCCGCUUCAACCGCAAGAAGAAAGGGAUGUACCGGAGAGCCAUCCUGGAGGCAGCCAAGGCCGUGGGCCACAUGAGCCCGGAGAUUACAUCGCUGCUUUCCCACGGUGACACGUAGAAGCUGAGGACUGAAGAGAGGUCUCCGAGGUUUUUCUGAAUUCUCAGACUGUGUCAUCAAGACCCAGGAGGGAGUACGUGCGGUUGCCACGGCUACUAUUUAUAUGCCGUUUUUUUUUUUUUUUUUUUUUCUUUUUCACAAGGCUGGUUGAAACAUGGCCGCCAAGGUGGAGUGAUGUUGAGACUGGAUAAGGAUGCAAAAAAAAAAAAAGAAAAGGGCCAGACAUCUCAUGGUCAACUAUGAACUAUUCCUCCGUUUUUUUUUUUUUUGUUUUUAUUGUUUUCUAGUUUUAAUCAUAUUUCAAUAGAGCCGAAUAACGACACUACAAGGACCCAAAUGUAUUUAUUAUUAUUAUCUGUAACGGUUUAUUAUUAUGAUCCACCCUACUACUACAAUCU